AUGUUACUCCUGGAGGUUCUCCGUUUCGGUCACAGAGAUUGGUACAGUGGAGAAAUCUGUAAAGAGGACCGGCCAAGCGACAACAACAAUUCUGCGGCCAAGCAACCCUCGGUGUCGUUCGUCGAUGACUACUUCAAAGCACCAUUAUUGCACAGGGUGGCUUGGGGAUGCUCAAUGAAGCUGAUCGUGAUCCACAUCCUAGGAAUCUAUUCACUUGUCUUCUUGGGCCACGUGUCUUGGAGCACGCUAGCUUUUCAAUUCGUCUAUUUGGUCUUGUCGGGCUUAUCGGUAACCGCCGGAGCCCAUCGAUUGUGGACGCACAGAUCGUAUAAGGCUCGAACACCGUUCAGAACGUUCCUUAUGCUCUGUAAUACGAUCGCGGCUCAGAACGACAUUUACGAGUGGUGUCGGGACCAUCGAGUGCAUCAUAAAUUCUCGGACACGAAUGCCGAUCCUCACAACAUCGAUCGAGGGCUUUUCUUCAGUCAUAUCGGAUGGCUCAUGAUCAAGAAACAUCCGGACGUGUACAAGUACGGUAGCCGGAUCGAUUGUUCGGACCUGAUCGGCGAUCCCGUGGUGAGGUUCAACAUGAGAUACUACGGCUGGCUGGUACUACUGUUCUCAUUCGGUUUACCCACCCUACUCCCACACUUUUUGUUCGGCGAUGCGGUUUUACCUCUUUUCAUGCUGUGUUUCUUGCGGCUCACGCUGUCAUUCAAUUUCACGUGGUCAGUGAAUUCCUUCGCUCAUCACGUGGGAGAUAGACCCUUCGAUCGCAAUAUGAAGCCGUCCGAAGUUCUCUGGGUAUCCGUGGUGGCAGCUGGCGAAGGAUGGCACAACUACCACCACACUUUCCCGCACGAUUACAACUGUUCGGAGCUCGGCUGGCACAUAAAUUGGACCACAAUGCUCAUCGACUUGAUGGCGAGCAUUGGACAAGUGACGGAGCGCAGAACGAUUUCCAAGGCGGCGAUCAUGCGCCAGAAGCUCAGGAACGGUGACGGUACUCGGCUCCCGCGGAGAAUUCGGGAAAUGAGCGAGAAGGAGCGACUCCAACUCGCCGACACUAUCCAGAACGCAGCUUAG